UUCAGCCCUCCCCGAAAUCCCACUAGGAUCUUCUCUUCCCUGUUGGAGUCCUUCUCCACCCCCAACAUCCAGCAGCCAUGGCAGAGGACGCGGACAUGCGCAAUGAGCUGUCAGACAUGCAGCAACGCGCCGACCAGCUGGCCGAUGAGUCUCUCGAGAGCACCCGUCGUAUGCUGCAGCUGGUGGAGGAGAGCAAAGAUGCUGGCAUCAGGACUUUGGUUAUGCUGGACGAGCAGGGAGAGCAACUGGAGCGCAUCGAGGAGGGAAUGGACCAAAUCAAUAAGGACAUGAAGGAUGCAGAAAAGAAUUUGAACGAUCUAGGGAAAUUCUGUGGUCUUUGCUCCUGUCCAUGUAACAAGUAGGUGCUGCUUGCCUGCCUGCCUGCCUGC